UAAUAUUAUAAUAUUACGUUUAGACGGCAAUUGCGAAAUUACGUCAUAGUCCACCUUCGCAUUGCUUCUUCUUCUUUCUCUCUCUCUAUGAAAGUGCAAAACUAUGUUUGAUAUUAAUGAGUGAACUAAGUUUAUUCUUAUCUGCAGCUAAAUUUAAUACGUUUUUAUUCCAAAAAAUUCAAAACUCAAUUAGCUUUUUUUAUUUAUUUAUUUCUUACUAUUAGUUUAUAUAUUUUCAUCACUUGUUCAAAUUCCAACCUAGCUGUUUUCUUGUGAUUUUCUCUCUGAGAUUUCCUGUUCCACGUUUUGGAAAUUGAACUUUCCUUUUUCAUCACUUCAUGGUUACCUAAUUUGGUAAAUUGAGAUUAACUGCUUUUCAGACAAGUUUUCUAGUGGAAUCAUAGCUCAAAAUUUGUGAUUGCAAUAAGGGAAUGUUUUCAUUAUGUAUUAGGGCAAAAAUCUGUGAUUGGAGUGUACUGUUUAGUUGAGAAUGGAUUAUACUGUUUUGUUGUUGGUGAUAUUGUUGCAAUUGUCAACAGUUUUUGGGUCUGGAGAUGUUUUACAGACAAAGGAUUGUGGCGAUAAUUCGGUAGCGAGUUCGAUUUCUAGUCAUGGUGAGGAAUUGUUUUACUUAAAUGGGAAUGUUGUGAACAAAGUUGGUUUCUGUAAAGCUCUGAAAUUGUAUAUUGCAAACGGUUGUGAUGUGAAUGACUACUUUGAAAGCAAUCACUGUGUUUUGGAUUUGGAUUUGGAUUUAGAUGUCUCUUUUGUGAAUUUGCCUUCAAAGGGGGGAAGGAAACUUUUGCAGAAAGGUUUGAACAAUAAUUCCACAUCACAAGGAGAUUCUAAGCAUGUGUCAAGCAACCAUGUUGGAAUUUUUGUAGGUGGAGCUUUGUUGGUAUGUUGUGCUGUUGUUUGUCCUUGUUUCUAUGGGAAGAGAAGGAAGACAACCGCUCAUGCUGUUCUGGAAAAGGACUCAAAUUCAAUGGAUUUAGCUUCCUCCUUUGAACCAUCUGUUUCCGAUAAGAUCCCGUCUAGUCCACUUCGGGUGCCACAAAGUCCAUCAAGAUUCUCAAUGUCUCCGAAACUCAGUAGACUUCAAUCAUUACAUCUCAACCUGAGUCAGGUUUCUAAAGCCACCCGUAAUUUCUCAGAAACAUUACAAAUAGGAGAGGGAGGUUUUGGAACUGUCUACAAGGCUAAUUUAGAUGAUGGCCGGGUCGUGGCUGUAAAACGCGCAAAAAGGGAACAUUUUGAGAGUUUGAGGACAGAAUUCAGCAGUGAAGUCGAACUUCUGGCCAAAAUUGAUCAUCGAAACCUGGUGAAACUACUUGGUUAUAUUGACAAAGGAAACGAACGUAUCCUUAUUACAGAGUUUGUGCCAAAUGGUACUCUUCGAGAACAUUUGGAUGGUUUGUUUGGAAAAAUCCUGGAUUUCAAUCAGCGGCUUGAAAUUGCAAUUGAUGUUGCUCAUGGAUUGACCUAUUUGCAUCUGUAUGCCGAAAAACAAAUUAUCCAUCGAGAUGUGAAAUCAUCCAACAUUCUUCUGACUGAAAGGAUGCGAGCUAAAGUCGCAGAUUUUGGAUUUGCAAAGCUUGGUCCUGUAAGCAAUGACCACACACACAUUUCUACCAAAGUGAAGGGAACAGUUGGUUAUUUGGACCCUGAGUAUAUGAAAACCUACCAUCUCACUCCCAAAAGUGAUGUUUACUCGUUCGGAAUUUUGCUUUUAGAAAUUCUGACUGGCCGCCGUCCUGUGGAAAUGAAAAAAACUCCUGAAGAGCGAGUUACAUUAAGAUGGGCCUUCAGGAAAUAUAAUGAAGGAAAUAUGGUGGAACUGCUUGAUCCUUUAAUGCAAGAAGCUGUAAAAACCGACAUUGUUAUGAAGAUGUUAGAUUUGGCAUUUAGCUGUGCAGCACCAGUAAGAUCAGAUAGACCUGACAUGAAAGCAGUUUGUGAACAAUUAUGGGCAAUAAGAGCAGAUUACCUCAAGAGCAGUAGUGAAAUUGCAAGGAGAGAAUGAUUGUUGAAAUUUCACCAUUAUGAUGAUAAUUUGAAGUUGAUGCUUUCUUGUUUUUGUUUCUGAAAAAAAAAAUCUUUAUCAUACCUUAAAGUGUUUCAGGCAUUAUGACAUGUUAAUUUUCAUUUAAGGUUUUAAUCUAUAGAUGGAUUUGUUAAUUCAACCAUAAACUGCAAGAGUCAUUUUGUAGUUUAGAUUGUGGAAGAUUUUUUAUGACUUAGGAAGUAGCAACAUGUUGACUCUA